AUGCUUAAGAGAAGUUUAUUUCCUAAAUUUUGUGGUUCCACAGUUCGUCUCGCAAGUUUACAUGCGAGUGAAAUAUCAACACCUGAUCGCGCGACAGUUAAUUCAAAAAACAGAAAAGAGUUAAAAACUCCACUUUGUGUAGAGUUAAUAAGCAAAAUGUCUUCACAGGGGUAUUUCCCAAUGUCACAGUUUGUAAAAGAAUGUCUUACUCACCCACAUCAUGGAUAUUACUCCGCUAAGAAACAUGUUAUUGGUAGUGAAAGGGCUGAUUUUAUUACUGCUGCAGAAAUACCUUUUUUUGCAGAUGUUAUUGCAGCUUGGGUUAUGGAUGCAUGGCAGAAAAUGGGAACUCCUAGGGUUCUACAUUUAGUUGAAUUAGGACCUGGAAGAGGAACUCUUAUGAAAAAUAUGCUAAAACAAAUAAAAUAUUCCAAUCCUCAUUUACUUCAUUUUCUGCAAAUACAUCUUGUUGAAGUUGGCGCAGCUCGAACUGAAGAGCAAAAAAAUGCACUUGCAGAGUUUCAAACUUCACAACAAAAAAUAAAAUGGUGGAUGAGCUUAGAGUCUAUUCCAUUUACAUUAGAACCUACAAUAUUUAUAGCUAACGAAUAUUUUGAUGCUUUACCGGUUGCUCAAUUUCGUUUUACAGAAAGAGGUUGGGUAGAAACUUGUUUGGAAGUUGAUGAAGAUCCCUCAAAUGAAGCUCAUUUUCAUAUGGUACAUGCUCCAUCUGGUUCCUUUUCAGCUUAUCUCAUACCUAAUGAGGUUCGUUCAAGUGGAAAAGUAGGAGAUUGUAUAGAAGUUAAUGCAGUAGGUAUGCAAAAUAUGGAAAUAAUAAUGAGAAAAAUGAUUGAUUGUCAAAAAUCUGCAUGUCUUAUUAUUGAUUAUGGAAAAGAUGAACAUAUGCAUAGUACUUUAAGAGGUAUACGUGGUCACAAAUUUGUAGAUCCUUUACUUUCUCCUGGUGAAGUUGAUCUCUCAUCUUGGGUUAGCUUUAAACAACUAAGAUGGGCAUUAGAACGUUUAGAAACAGCAAGAAGGCAUUUAAAAUGGUUUCCAGUUAUGACACAACGAGAGUUUUUACAAUGGGGUGGGAUUGAUGUUAGGUUGGCACAUGUUAUAAAGGAUGAAGAGACUAAGAGUGCAAUGAAGAUUCUACAGAACUAUCGAAGAUUAAUGGAUAAGGAUGAGAUGGGUCAGAGUUAUAAAGUUUUUGUUACACAAACACGAAAUUUUCCCAAUGUAUCUCCAUUUUUUGAGGAAAUGCCUUUACCUCCCCUAACUACAGGGAGUUAG